UCCAUUUCACAAUCUCUCCCUUUUCAUUACGCUCUUUCUCUAUACGUGAAUAACACUCUACAUCCUGUCCCUUCCAAUGGCUUCAAACGGCGCAGUUUCCGGCUCCAGUCUCAUCGUCUCCUUCGGGGAGAUGCUGAUCGACUUCGUGCCGACGGUAUCCGGCGUCUCCCUCUCCGAGGCUCCCGGCUUCCUCAAGGCUCCUGGUGGCGCCCCGGCCAACGUUGCUAUCGCUGUGGCUCGCCUCGGAGGCAAGGCAGCCUUCGUCGGCAAACUCGGCGACGAUGAGUUCGGCCACAUGUUGGCCGGGAUCUUGAAGGAGAAUGGAGUCAGCGGCGACGGCAUCAACUUUGACCAAGGCGCCAGGACUGCUCUCGCCUUCGUGACUCUACGCGCUGAUGGUGAGCGUGAGUUCAUGUUUUAUAGGAAUCCCAGUGCUGAUAUGCUGUUGAGACCUGACGAGUUGAAUCUGGAGCUUAUCAAAUCCGCCAAGGUCUUCCAUUAUGGAUCAAUAAGUUUGAUCGUGGAGCCAUGUAGAUCAGCUCACUUAAAGGCAAUGGAGGUUGCUAAGGAUGCAGGAGCCCUCCUUUCCUACGACCCAAACCUCAGACUACCAUUGUGGCCCUCUCCCGAGGAGGCGCGCACACAGAUCCUGAGCAUUUGGGACAUGGCAGAGGUGAUCAAGGUCAGUGAUGUGGAGCUGGAGUUCCUAACUGGUAGUGACAAGAUUGAUGACGAAUCUGCCUUGUCGCUAUGGCACCCUAACCUGAAGCUUCUUUUGGUUACUCUUGGUGAAAAGGGUUGUAGGUACUAUACUAAGGGUUUCAAAGGAGCAGUGGAAGCCUUCCAUGUCAACACAGUAGAUACAACCGGUGCUGGCGAUGCAUUUGUCGGUGCUUUACUAUGCAAGAUUGUUGAUGAUCACUCCCUUCUUGAGGACGAAGCAAGGCUGAGAGAAGUACUUAAAUAUGCCAAUGCAUGUGGAGCCAUAACCACCACCAAAAAGGGAGCCAUUCCAGCUCUUCCCAGAGAGGCUGAUGUCCUCAGCUUAAUCAAAGGGGCAUAUUAAAAAAAUUAAUUCCUCAAUUUCUUUCUUUUUAAAAUUUUUCUUCUUCUGUUUUGUUGUUUGCCACAGAAGAUGGCUUGGAUUUCAAUGAAAGAGGGCAUUCAACUUUUCAAAAAUUUCUCACCCUCUUCGCUUUCAUUUUAAUUUUUUUUUUUUUCCUGGUGCAUGUAGUGAUGAAAAGUCUUUGAGUUAUCAGGCUUUAGUUUAAUAAAAAACUCUUUUUUUUGGGUCA